AUGUUUACGGGAAUAGUUGAAGUGAUAGGCGUUGUUUCCGAGUACCAAGCGUACGAUACCUCUGAGUCUGGGGGAAGCGGAGUGUCCAUCACCAUCACGGAGUGCUCUGAAAUUUUGGUUGAUGUCCACCUGGGAGAUUCCAUUGCUGUGAAUGGGACCUGUCUUACUGUGACUGAGUUUGAUAAGGAGAAGACCUGGUUCAAGGUGGGGGUUUCGCCCGAGACUCUGGCGUUGACUAAUCUAGGUGAUCUCAAGGCCCAGAGCAAAGUCAAUUUGGAAAGAGCCAUUUCAGGCGAGGUUCGUUUCGGAGGACAUGUCGUUCAGGGACAUGUAGAUACAAUUGCAACGAUUCAAUCUGUGACGUCGGACGAAAAUUCUCUGCGUUAUACCUUUAAAUUGCGCGAUGCCAAGUUCAUUGCCUACAUCGUCCAUAAAGGAUUUAUCUGCUUGGAUGGUACUUCUUUGACGAUCACUGACGUGGAUCAGGAAAAGAAGGAGUUUUCGAUUAUGAUGGUUGCAUAUACUCAGAGUAAGGUGGUGAUGCCAUUGAAGAAGGUGGGAGAUACUGUUAACGUUGAAGUUGAUCUGACCGGCAAGUUGGUGGAGAACCAGGUUAGAGCAGUGUUGGAAAACCAGAUUGAAAAUAAGGACUCUUCCCUGGUGAAAUUGAUUACGCAAAUUGUGGAGAAGAAAGUAUCGGAACUCGUUAAAUAG